UAUACAUCGCGGCCAUGAGACUACUGUAUGGGCUGAUCAGCGUGAGCAUUGGCAUUGGCAUUGGUGCUGAAUGCAGAUACAUUGUAGCUCCAAGUGGUUCUCCCGCUGCACCCAAUGGGCCUCCUGCACCACCCAAUGGCCCUCCCGCUUCCCCCAGUGGACCUCCCGUUCCCCCGAGAUCGCCUCCUGCUCCUCCAGCCGCAGAUUCCAAGUUGAGAGUGACUUUGCCUCAGGCUGUGAUAGAAGGCUUCAGAGACACGCAUGAAAACUCGGUCUUUCUUGGUAUACCAUUUGCUGAUACAACAGGAGGACAAAACCGAUGGAAAGCACCUCAGAAUGUCCCUAAAGCUCAACCAGGCACCGUGUUCAAUGCAUCUCAAUAUGGCCCGACAUGUCCUCAGGCUAUUAGUGGGACACUGUUCUCCCAGCAAAGCGAGGAUUGCCUGAAUCUCAACAUUUGGGCCCCCUCGUCAGGCUCUAAGCUUCCAGUAUUUGUUUACAUGUAUGGCGGAGCAAUGGUCACAGGGUCGAGCAGCAAUCCUCAAUUCCAGGGAAACAACUUCGCUCGUAAAGGUGUCAUUUUUGUCAGCUUCAAUACGCGCGAGAGCAUAUACGCAUAUCCUAGUUCAGCCGAAUUAGCUGGCAACUCUGAGUCUCAAAAUUUUGGUAUUCUUGAUGUCGACAAAGCUUUGGAAUGGAUUCACGACAAUAUUGCUGCAUUUGGUGGAGACCCAAAUCAUAUUGUGUUUGGAGGUCACUCUUCUGGUGCAGUCCAAGUUGACCAUUACCUCUGGAAUCAUCCCAACACGUUCCUUGCCGGUGCUGUACAGAUGGCUGCCAAUGCCAAGUCGGGACCUGCUGUAGCUCCUACGAACGAGGCACUCGAUAUCGUAGCAGCGGAGGUCGGAUGUCCGACUGGCGUUGGGCAGCUUGCCUGUUUGCGCGAGGUAGACUUCUUAACCUUCCAAACCACAAACUUCAACUCGACAUACAACACAUGGUUUACCCCGGCAGUCGAUGAUAAAACACGUUACCGAAAUUACGAGUCCCGCUUCGCGGCUGGAAAUUAUGCAUCCCAUGUGCCGCUACUUACAGGCAAUUCUAACUUGGAGGGCGCGCUUUUCAGCCUUGUCUAUGGCGGUAUCAAUACAGACUUUACAGCAUGGCUCAGCACCUUUGAAGCCGAUGUCGCACAGAUUCCGAAAGAUGAUCUCGAAGCUGCCUACAAUAUUUCUGAUUUUGCCUCUGUCUCUGCAAUGAGCGGUGCCCAAUACGGCGAUGCCAGGUUUUUCUGCCCUGUGGAUUACCUCCAAGACCUGAGAAGCUCUACACAAGAUACUUGGACAUACCGCUUUUUUGGAAAUUACCCUAACGUCUACGGUCUUCCCGUGGACGCACCCACGCACGGCACUGAGAUACCUUUCUUCCUGGGUGGCAAUGAGUGCUUUGAAGCCAUGCAGGGGGUGACACCCGAGCAACAGGCACUCGCUGAUUUCCAGAAUGAUUGGUUUGUCUCGUGGAUCAAAAAUCCGGCCGCCGGACCUGGUUGGGACAAGGUCACGCCUGAAAAAGGCCCUGUUGGUAAACUCGGUGUGCCCGGAAAUGAGCUUGCUAUCGAGGUCGGGUCAACAGCAGACUACAACCAGCGAUGCCAGUCCGUGUAUAAGCCUCGGCUUCCUGCGUAUCCAGUUCUCCAAUCUGUCCAGGCGCUGCUGCAAGCAAUCCUCUAGCUUUAAUAGUCAACAUUAUAUUUGAAAAGAUACUCGAUAAUCCAUUGUAUAUAAAAGAAACAAACACUAGCUAGAUACUUAUGUG